AUGGUGACUUCGUGGAUCCUUAAUUCCCUGUCAAAAAAGAUAGCAGAUAGCAUUGAAUAUGUAAAUGAUGCCAUGGAGUUAUGGAUCGAGCUGGAAGACAGGUAUGAACAGACGAAUGGAGCCAGAUUAUACCAAAUACAAAAGGAAAUAAAUGAUACAUCUCAGGGAACUCUUGACAUUACCAGCUACUAUACCAAAUUGAAGAAGCUCUGGGAAGAGUUGAGCACCUUAAGCAAGAAAUCCCAAUGCACAUGUAACUGCACCUGUGGAGCAAAGGAAAAUAUUUACAAAGCUGAACAGGAUAGGCGAUUAAUACAAUUUCUCAUGGGGCUAAAUGAAACCUACACUGUGAUCCGAGGUAGCAUCCUCAUGAUAAACCCACUCCCUAAUCUUGCUCAAGCCUUUUCUCUCCUAAUACAAGAUGAGAAGCAAAGAGAAAUCAAACCACAUACUCAGUUGUUCGUUGAAUCAACCUCCAUGAAUGUUACCAAUUCCAGAUCUAGUGGCUAUAGAACCAACUAUUCACCUAAUAACAACAAUCAUGCUGGACAAGGAAGGGGGAGACCUAUGUGUGAUUACUGUAAGAAGCCAGGGCACACCAAGGACAAAUGUUUCAAACCACAUGGCUACCCUGAGAAUUUUGGAUACCUUCGCAAUCAAAAUUACAAUCCAAAUCAACAAUUCAACCAGAACCAGGGUUUUAAUCGCAACCAGAACUUUAAUAAAGGAAAGAGAAUAGUAGCCAAUGUGCAUGGAGAUCAUUCUUCCGAAAUGUUAUCCACCAAAGGAGAAGAACAAAGUGACUUGAACACAGACCAAAACAUCAGCCUGUCGAAGGAGCAUUACGGACAAAUUCUGAAUUUGCUUCAACACUUUCAAUCUGGUAAUGGAGGAGACAAUGCAACUGUCAACAAUUCUAUCAAUGGAGCUGUGAACUUUGCAGGCCCCUUCAAUGAAGAGGCCUCUGGAGAUUGGUAA